ACUUAUCGUCCGCUUCACCUUCAAUCGGCACCAAAUCAUUUUUAAUGCUGUGAUUUUUGUUUAAUCCAAAUGCGUAAAACCGGUGCGCGCUGAUUCGAUGCGUUGUGGUGAUGCGUUUUGGUGUGUUGUGUUCUGCGGGGCGCAGGGUGUGAUCACCGCGCUCUCCUCUGUGUUUCUCUUAAGGUUGCACAUCGCGUUGAUUUGAUUUCAUUUUAAGCAUUUUUACGCAUAAUUUUUUUAUUCCAGACGACGCGCGUAAAAAAAAAAAAAAAAAAGAUCCGGCGGUUGUUUUUUUCCAGACGGCUUCUGAACGCAUCUUGAAGGAAUAUUAAUACGCAUCAGCGCAGGAGGCACAGCUGCACUUUCAGUGUGAAUUAAAAAAAAAAAAAAAAUCAAGAAAAUGUGUGAUGAGACAAAGGAACAAAGGAUGCCUUAGAGGAGAGGUUGCCUGCACAGAUGGAAACCUCUUCAAAGCACACCGCCAAAUGGAUCUAACGCCUCCCCCUGCCACCUCCAGAUCAUGAUACUCGGCUGAAGCUACCCCGCUAUCUUUAUGAUCCCUCCUCCAUCUAUGGCGAACUAUAGCCAUGCAGGGGACCACACCAUCUUGCAGAAUGUCUCUCCUCUCGCCACGUUCCUCAAACUGACCUCCCUGGGUUUCAUCAUUGGCGUCGGUGUGGUCGGAAACCUCCUGAUUUCCAUCCUGCUGGUCAAAGACAAGAGCCUGCACCGGGCACCCUACUACUUCCUGCUGGACCUGUGCGCUUCCGACAUCCUGCGCUCGGCCAUCUGCUUCCCCUUCGUCUUCACCUCGGUCAAGAAUGGGUCUGCCUGGAGCUACGGCACGCUCACCUGCAAAGUGAUCGCCUUCCUGGGCGUGCUCUCCUGCUUCCACACAGCGUUCAUGCUCUUCUGCGUCAGCGUCACCCGCUACCUGGCCAUCGCGCACCACCGUUUUUACACCAAGCGGUUGACCUUCUGGACGUGUCUGGCCGUCAUCUGCAUGGUGUGGACGUUGUCGGUGGCCAUGGCGUUCCCGCCGGUGCUGGACGUGGGGACGUACUCUUUUAUCCGCGAGGAGGACCAGUGCACAUUCCAGCACCGCUCUUUCCGGGCGAACGAUUCCCUCGGCUUCAUGCUCCUGCUGGCGCUCAUCCUCCUGGCCACACAGCUGGUUUACCUCAAGCUUAUCUUCUUCGUUCAUGACCGUCGAAAGAUGAAGCCCGUCCAGUUUGUGCCUGCUGUCAGCCAGAACUGGACUUUCCACGGGCCGGGCGCUAGCGGCCAAGCGGCGGCCAACUGGCUAGCUGGAUUCGGUAGAGGCCCCACCCCGCCUACUUUGCUAGGCAUUCGGCAGAACAGCAACGCGGCGGGCCGCAGGCGUCUACUGGUGUUGGAUGAGUUUAAAACGGAGAAGAGGAUUAGUAGGAUGUUCUACAUCAUGACGUUUUUCUUCCUGGCUCUGUGGGGGCCCUACCUUGUCGCCUGCUACUGGCGGGUUUUUGCAAGGGGCCCCGUGGUCCCCGGAGGGUAUCUGACGGCAGCGGUGUGGAUGAGCUUUGCCCAAGCCGGGGUCAACCCUUUCAUCUGUAUCUUCUCCAACAGGGAGCUGCGGCGCUGCUUCAGCACCACACUACUCUACUGCAGAAAAUCCAGGUUACCACGGGAACCCUACUGCGUUAUAUGAAGGUUUCUCUGUGGAGUUUCUCUUUUCUUUCUCAUCUGUGUCUAUAUUUCCCUGAUUGAUCUUGAUCUGGGCCCGUUCCCACUGUACAGCGCACUCUGUCCUUCUAUCUUUUUAUCUCCUGGUUUUCUCCAGACCCUUGUGUCCAGACCCCCAAUCACAGCGGUGAUUGAUUAUUAAAAAAAAAACGUUUCAAACACGGAGGCUGUGCAGAUGGAGUAUGCCCUUGGCCUGGAUCCCCCUUUUUUUUCUUCUUUCUUUCUUCUUUUUGUUGCAUUCUUAACAAAUAUUACAGAAGGCCACGGCAAUGCAGAAAAGCAAAAAGUUGUUGUGGGGGGAAAAAAGAAGAAAAAAAAAGACAAAAAUUAUAUAAAAACAAAACAAAACAAAACAUCUUGCUUUGGAUAUUUUAAAUGUGAGGUGCAAAAUAUAAGAAAAGGAAAGAAAAAAA